AGAGGCAAAAUGACCACAUUUCUGGGUUUUUUUUCCAUUGAACAAAGCUUGAAAUCUUAAAACCUUCCCAAAUCCCCAAUUCCAUGUCAAGUAAAAUCAUCAAAACAUAGAAAACUAGAAGAAUCAGAGAAAACCAAUGACGGUAGCGGCUGGGAUCGGGUACGCUUUGGUAGCGUUAGGACCGUCUCUCUCCCUUUUCAUCGCUUUUAUCUCCAAAAAGCCCUUCUUGAUCCUCACUCUCCUCUCCAGUACAUUGGUUUGGCUUAUAAGUUUGAUAAUAUUAUCUGGAAUUUGGAGAGCUUUCCUUCCUUUGAAUUCAACAACAUGGUGGCCUUUUGCAAUACUUAUAUUCUCAUCAAUUGCUUUUCAAGAAGGUCUUCGCCUUCUUUUCUGGAAAGUUUAUAAGAGGUUAGAAGACAUAUUGGAUGCUUUUGCUGAUAGGGUCUCAAAGCCACGCUUGUAUCCAACUGAUAAGAUGCAAAUUGCUCUUGCUGGUGGGUUAGGUCACGGUGUGGCACAUGCAGUAUUCUUUUGUCUUAGCCUCUUAACACCAGCAUUUGGUCCAGCAACUUAUUUUGUUGAUAGGUGUUCACAGAUACCAUUUUUCCUUGUUUCUGCAAUCAUUGCUCUCGCGUUCGUAACGGUCCACACUUUCUCAAUGGUUAUUGCGUUUAAUGGCUAUGCUGAAGGGAAUAAAGUGGACCAACUCUUUGUUCCCUCGGUUCAUCUUGCUGCUGGAAUGAUGACUAUGAUAAAUUUUGCAUACGGUGGCUGCGUUAUUGGGAUUCCUCUUCUCUUCUUAAUGGCAAUCUUGACCGUGAUGCACUGCGGGAGGAUGGUUUGGAGAAGAUUAAGUGAAAGCCAAAGGCAGGUUGAUUCAUAACAACCACCUACUUCUACAAUUUCUCCCUUUGUUUAUUUGCAACUACACAGUUCCUACCGUGAAGAUGUUAGAACAUCUAAAUCCAGUAAACUUCCUUUUUCAAUGAAUGAAAGUUUGCAACAACUAAGACCAUUCUUUCAAACCCGCGUCUAGCGGCUUAUUACAUGCGUAUGUUUACGAUGCCUAUCGUAGUUGUAUAGUUUGGUGUCUUCUUGCACUGAUCUGUAUUUCUUACCAUUUCAUUUAGCAAAAGACAACAUUGACAAGUUCCUUUAAACAUAGAGGCAUGUGUUUAGCUUUGCUUAGUUCAAUGGAUGUUUGUAGUUUGAUGGUCUAUUUUACUUGGGAGACUUCUUUCAAUAAUCAAUUUGAUCAUAUUGUGAAA